UCUCGCCUUCUUGCCACGUUCGAAUCUCCUAAAUCGUGGCGUUGCUUAUGAAGACAGGUUUCUAUCCGCUUCGAGGGAAGAGCUGAGCAGGAAAGAGAGAGAGAGAGAGAUCGGAGAGCAACUACGUGGGAGAGCGACGCCCCUUGUCCCGACCCGGUAUCGUCUGAGAAGCACGAGAAGCCCGUCCCCAAAGAAAGCCGGAGAAAAAAGCGCAACAAUCUCAAUCUCUCUCCUCUUUUCUGUGCUGUUCUCUCUGUCUCCGUGUUAGUGCGGCAGCUUCCCAGCCGACGGCGUAGAACACCACAACCGAGCAAUGGCGCUGAAGCGGAUCAACAAGGAACUCCAGGAUCUCGGGAAGGACCCCCCCGCGAACUGCUCGGCGGGGCCAGUCACGGAUGAUCUCUAUCAUUGGCAGGCGACCAUCAUGGGCCCGGACGACAGCCCCUACGCAGGCGGUGUCUUUUUCCUCAAUAUCCACUUCCCAGCUGACUACCCGUUUAAGCCGCCCAAGGUGAACUUCACGACGAGGAUCUACCAUUGCAAUAUAAACAGUAACGGGGGAAUCUGCUUAGACAUCCUCAAAGACCAGUGGUCGCCAGCUCUCACAAUCUCCAAGGUCCUGUUAUCUAUAUGUUCGCUGCUGACCGACCCCAACCCGGAUGAUCCUCUCGUACCAGAGAUCGCGCAGAGGGCUCGGAUUGGCACCGCGGACAUGUGUCGUUUCCGCUCGCUGCCGAAGUUGCCGUAGACUCCGCAAGUCACCACACCCCCAUCUUGAAACGAUGUUCCCCAGCUUGAGUUCUCCACGACGGAGAGGAUGCCGAAAUCGAAACAUUCGUUUUCUGAGCUUUGGAGACGAUGGAAGAAUUUCCCAACCGCUCCUGUACUGUGUUGCUGCCAAGAGUAAUCGAGCUUUGAAGUAUGGGUCCAAGGGGUGUAUUGUCUUGUGUAUGCUAGCGGUAUGGCGUGCC